AUGUUUCCGCUUCCGGCGCAUGAACGCGAGGCAUUCUUUGCGCUACUUGACGAGUACUUUGCACAGCGCCCACAGUAUGCGCCGCCGAGAUUUGAGUCACGGCCGGUAGCGGCUGAGACUGCACCUGCACCUGCACCUGCACCUGCACCUGCGCCUGCGCCUGUAGGCGGUGCCGCCGGGAAACGUCCGCCGCCGCCGCGCCGUGGCGAAGCACAAGCCUCUGUGCCUGUUGUGCAGGAUCACACACGUUCUGUUCCAUCCAUUGGCCAUACAGAGGCCCAUAAACCUGCGGGAUUGCAAACGACCAAGUCGUUUGGCUUUAUGAAUACGUCCUCUGCCGGUGCAGCUGUCGGAUCUGUAUUUGGAAAAGCGAGUUCGUCGGCUGGCAAAGCCACUCUCAAUGCUGGAAACCGGCUACACACGCACUUUUCUAAGCCGGCAGAGCAAAGUGCCGGUAAACCUGCAUCUGAUUACUAUGCGGGCGGUGCGAAUGUAGCAUCACCGCCCACAUACACACCAGCGCCCGCGUCUCCAUCCGCAGCGGCUUCGACUGCGGUUGCGAGCAGCACGCCUGUAGUGCCGCCGAAUAGUAGCGAAGCCGUUGCACUAUACGCUUUUGCAGGCACCGAGCCCGGCGACUUGCGCGUCGAUGAAGGCGAGCGCAUUUUUCUCACCGAGGCCGUCAGUGCCGAGUGGUGGCGCGCACAAAGCACAGAUGGUACACGCGCCGGUAUUGUCCCUGCAAACUAUGUGCAAAAGCUGUAG